AUGCGUAUGGCACAUCCCCUCAGCAGUGUCGAACAUCGGAUUUCCCUCUCCCCCAGAGCACUAACGCCACAAGUCUGGCUGACUCACGUUCUCUCGCCGGGGCCGGAGAGCUGCCACAAGGCUGACUCCGAUGGCAGAGGCGAGACACCGUGUCCACUGUUAACCACUCCGCCUGAUCCUACACCAACUCCCCUAAUGGGGAUCUUUAACCUUGAAACCAAAGUGCAGGGUUACCUUGGUCGCCGCCUCGAAGUGACAAUUAAAUUUCAGAAAUAA